AUAAAAGUCGGCAAAAACGUACCAACUCUUUCUUCUUUCUCUAAUUCAAAAUCAAAAAAAAUAUCUGAAUGAAAUUGAAACCCUAGUUCAUCCUCAAUUCCCCAUACUUUCUCUCUCUAAAUUCUCUCUCAAAAUCACUCGUAUAUGGCGGUAGUUCUUGAUCCGAUACCAGCAGUACCAGCCACUGCUUCUUCACUCGCUCCUGGAUUCAGAUUUCAUCCCACAGAUGAAGAACUUGUUCGCUAUUACCUGAGGCGUAAGAUUUGCGGUAAACCUUUCCGAUUUGACGCUAUUUCGGAUGUUGAAGUUUAUAAAGUCGAGCCGUGGGAUCUUCCAGGUUUGUCCAGACUUAAGACCAGAGACCUGGAAUGGUACUUUUUUAGUGUCCUGGAUAAGAAAUACGUGAAUGGAUCGCGUACAAAUCGAGCGACAGAUAGAGGGUACUGGAAGACCACCGGGAAAGACCGCGCUGUUUACCAUAGGUAUCAGUUGAUUGGCAUGAAAAAAACUCUGGUGUAUCAUAUCGGUCGGGCACCAAAGGGCGAGAGAACAAACUGGGUUAUGCAUGAAUACAGACUCAUUGAUCAGGAGUUGGAAAAGGCUGGAAUUUUCCAGGACUCGUUUGUUCUUUGUAGAAUCUUCCGGAAGAGCGGUUCCGGGCCGAAAAAUGGUGAACAGUACGGGGCACCGUUUGUUGACGAGGAAUGGGACGAUGAUGAGCUAACAAUGGUACCCAAACAGGACUUUGUCGAGUCAUUGCCUGUUGAUGAUGCCUAUCUUGAUGCAGAUGACAUUGAGCAGAUUCUUGGCUCAGACACGCCAGAAGAACAUCGUCCUCUUCAAUUGGAAAUUCCUCAAGGUGAUGAUGUCAGCAGUGGUGACGUAUCCACAGAAACAGUUGAUGACCCACAAAACUUAUCGAUGUGUGAGAGUGAGGGUCAACCACAGGUUGACCAAGCAGACGGCCCUAAACUGUUUGAUUUGCCUAUACAGAAUGAUCUGGACCCCACAUCUGUUAAGCAUGAAUACAUUACGGAAACAAGUAACACCGAGGAUUUUGAUGUGGAUAAUUAUUUGCUCGAUGAACCGUAUUUCGAUGCCUCUACUAGUGACUUCCAAGUUAACGGAAGUUCAUUCUUGGAGGCUGAUGACGUUAAAAAUGACGUCAAGGCAGAACCUGGACUUGACAUGUUUGACGAGUAUCCGACGUAUCUUAUUCCACCAACUGAUGGCUUUGAAUACGCUUUUGAUUUGUUAGGGAAUGAUAAUAUGCUCGAGAAUGCAAACGAAGGAAUUCAUCAAUUGAGUGAAGUUAGUAAGGAGUUCUUUGAAGUGCACGACGGUGAUUUUGCCUCCACUUCAAGUCAAGAGAAUCCAGAUUUGGCAACCGGUAACACUGAAGGAACUCACGAGACUUGUGACGCAAGCAACCAACACCUUGAAGAACAGGGUAACGAUCUUGUUCCUUCUUUGAAGCAAGAGGAUUCCUGUUUGCCAACAGAAUUUGCAUACCCGUUUCUGCAUAGGGGGAGUUGCAUGCCUGCAUACGCAUCAGAAUCUUCCGCAAAGUACAUGGCUGCGGCUUCUCAAGCUUCUACCUCAAUUCGUGUUACAACCGGCAUGAUCAGAAUACGCGAUAUUUCUUUCACAGGGAGCAAGCUGGACUGGUCAUUCGGCAAAAACGGUCAUCUCAACAUUGUUCUCUCAUUUCAGUUGGAGCAAAUUGAGGGUAAUUCCGUAAAUUCUGAUGAAGCCCUUGGUUUAACUUCUCGAAAGCGCAAUUCUUCUGUUCCCAGAAGCUUGUUUUACUGCUUGUUUCUGUGGAUCGUGAUUCUUUCGUUGAGUUUCAAGAUCCGAAGUCUGGUUUGUCCCAGGUCGUACAUGAGCUGAACGGGUCAAUGGUAAAGCAUUGGUUUUGUUCGUUGGUGACGGAAACCUCAAGAUGCUUCUCGACCUUAUCUUUUAACAAAAUAAUGUUGUCACGGAGGCACAUUGUUUAGUAUGCAUAUGAUUCUGAUCUGAGAGCCAAUAUGUUUGUUUUGGUGAAAGUUCUUGGUAAGAACAUUAGAAAGAUCAUGGAGAACAAUUUCAAUGCUUAUGUGGGACCGUAAGGAGAUAGCACCUCACUAUUUCUUUCUUUUCUAUUUAAUAUUCUAUUUAUUAGUCACAUUUUAAUCAACGAAUCUUUAUGUGUUAAGCUCAAGCUUGGUCUGAGCUCGAGCUUGGCCAGGGCGAUUUUGGUUUGGGCUUGGUUUCUGAUGCAAUGAUUAUUUUAUUCUGAGAUUUCAAUCUCUCAAAUAGAAGUUAAAUUAUAUGCAUGUAAUGUGCUACUUUAUUCCCUUAGUUUCGAAGGAUCAUCUAUUACUUGUCAGCGAAGGUGUUUUUCGUUGAUGUAUAAUGUAAUGUAAUAUGGAAAACAUGAUAUUUUGUUUA